CAGCCAGCCUGCCCGCCCAGGGCUUUCUAAGGGCCCAGUCUCCUUGGGCUGGCAGUCCGGGGAGGAGGCGUCUCCCGUCCUUUCUCCUUUUCGGCCCCCCGGCCUGUGCCGAGCACCUGCCACUUGGGUGGACCUGGCAGAGAGGGGCGCUUCGAGGCGAGGCCGGAGCCGAGAGGUUGCGGUCUGGAAAGGGCGCGCGCGCGAUCCUCGCGUGGAGAGGCCGGAGCGCCCGAGCCAUGGUGAGGAACGUGGACGACCUCGACUUCUGCCUCCCGUCCCACGCCCAGGACGUGCUGGACGGGCUGCGGGCCCUCCGCGCGCACCCCAAGCUGGCCGACGUGACGCUGCGGGUGGGCGGCCGGGCGUUCCCCUGCCACCGCAGCCUGCUGGCGCUGUGCAGCCCCUACUUCCACGCCAUGUUCGCGGGGGACUUUGCCGAGGGCCUCGCGGCGCAGGUGGAGCUGGCCGACGUGGAGCCGGGCGCCGCGGGGCUGCUGCUGGACUUCGCCUACACCGGCAAGCUCACCAUCAACCAGGACAACGUGGAGGCGCUCACGCGCACCGCCAACCGGCUGCACUUCCCGGCCGCGCAGAAGGCGUGCAGCCGCUACCUGCAGCAGCAGCUCCACCCCACCAACUGCCUGGGCAUCUGCGAGUUCGGCGAGCGCCACGGCUGCCCCGAGGUGGCGGCCAAGGCCUGGGCCUUCCUGCGGGAGAACUUCGAGGCCGUGGCGGGCGAGGAGGAGUUCCUGCAGCUGCCCAAGGAGCGCCUGGCCGCCUACCUGGCCAGCGAGCUGCUGCAGGUGCGCGCCGAGCAGAGCCGGGCCGAGGCGCUGCUCCGCUGGGUGAGGCACGAGCCGGAGGCCCGGGCGCGCCACCUGCCCGAGCUGCUGGGCCUCGUGCACCUGGGGGCCCUCCCGGAGCCGUUCCGGCAGCACCUCCUCUCCGCCGAGCCUUUGAUUCAGGCUUCCGAGGCUUGCCAGGCCGUGAUCUCCCGGCACCAGAGCCCGUCUUCCACAGCGGCUGUGCCACAGAAACUGGAGGAAGUCCUGGUGAUAGUAGCGGGACGAGCCCUGGAAGAGUCAGAGGAUGAAGAAAACCACGAGGAGCCUCCCCCCAUCUCCAGGAACUGUGCCUUUUAUAACACAAGGACCAAGUGCUGGAUGGCGCUUCCCGAUUUCCCUGACUACCAUAAAUGGGGCUUUUCUCUGGCGGUGCUGAACAAUGAUAUUUAUGUCACAGGCGGCUCCCGGGGCAGCAGGAUCGACGCCUGGUCCACCACCCAGGCCUGGUGCUUCCGGCAGAAGGAGGGCGUCUGGAAAGCCAUCACGCCCAUGCUGAAGGCCCGCACCAACCACGCCAGCGCCGCGCUCAAUGGAGAGCUCUACGCCAUUGGGGGGACCGCCGCGGACGCGGUGGAGGUGGAGAGCUACAACCCCUACAGCGGCUGCUGGUCGCUGGUGGCGCCGGCCCUCAAGUACGUGAGCAACUUCUCGGCGGCGGGCUGCCGCGGGAGGCUCUACGUGGUGGGCUCCUGCGCCUGCAAGUACAAUGCGCUGACCCUGCAGUGCUACAACCCCCUCACAGAAGUCUGGAGUGUGAUCGCGUCGCCUUUCCUGCCCAAGUACCUGUCGUCCCCUCGCUGCGCCUCUCUGAACGGGGCCGUCUUCCUCAUCGGGGACAACACCAAGAAAGUGUACGCCUACGACCCCGACGCCAACGUGUGGCAGAAGGUUCAGCUGCUGCACAGCCUGCACGAGAACGGCGGGAUGGCGUCGCUGGGAGACAAGCUCUAUGUGACGGGGGGCCGCUGGCAGGGCCUGGACGGGGACUACCGGGUGGAGAUGGAGGUGUACGACGGCCCCAGAGACGUGUGGACGCGGGCGGGGGCCCUGCCCUGCCUCUGGCUCUAUCACGCCUCCUCCUCCGUCUUCAUGGACAUCUCCAAGUGGACCGAGCACUUCGGGAGGAGCUGAGGGCCCCGAGUGGGCCCGGCCGCAUCGCCAUCCUCCUUGAUUCCCAGGGCACGAGCAUGUUCCCCUGACCCCAAGGACAUUUGGCAUGGAACUGCUGCUCUGCUUUUGUUUAUGAAGGGACAUCCAAGGGGCCACCCGGCCACGGCCAGUCUUCAAGGGUGGCUGCAUGCGGAGAACGAACCCUGGCUUAGGACCCAGCGCUGGCUCGCCAAAGAACAUGGUGGACCAACGGAGGGCCCGAGACCCAGAGUCUCAGCCCAGCCAUUUCUCUUCUCUGGGCAGGUGAAUGAGCUGAGCUCCGAGGCCCUUCCACGUCCAGGAUUCUCUAAGAUGUUGGGGCCUCAGUUUCCCCACUGAUCAGAGGAGGACAUUGGGCCAGGCAAUCUCUGAGAUCUCUUCCCACUCCAGGAACUCUAGGCCAGCCCCUGAUUUCCAUGUCUGAGGCUCCUUCUUCCUGUCUGUGAAAUGAAGGCCCUAGUGGGCCAGCCUCCAGCCCUUCUCCCCCUCCUCCCUCACCUGCCGGGACUCCAGGGAUCCAUGUUCUAAAAACUCCAGGAAGCAACCCGAGGUAUACAGAACGUUGCCUCCAGGAAAGCUUCUGUAGAAUGUGUAGACACGUUACUGAGCGAGGUCUAGACAACUUCUCCCUGGGCUCAGGUGAGAGCAAAGAUGAUGAUUGAUUUUUGUCCAUCCCUGGACAAAACCCGGCACACAGAUGGUGUUAGUAACUGCUUUGGGCAUUGAGUUGGAUGUGGCUGAGAAAGGAAGGAGCGUGCUUGCCCCGCAGAGACCACCUUUAGCUUUAGAGUUCCGCUGGAGCCGGUGGCAGCGACCUCUCUGAAUUGAAUCCCUUCCUGACUGUGUGACCCUGAGCCAGUCAUUUAACUUCUAAGACUCAGUUCUUGAACCACAAAGUGAGUCAAGGAAGGCCUUCGUCCUAAAGCUGUUGUCUAGAUCAAAUCCGUGACUGAGACUAAGAUUCUGUCAUCUCAAAGCACUUAGAGCUUCCGCCAUUGCUUCCAUGGUCUCGCUUUUCGUUUUACUUGGUUGGACCACAUAGAACAGUCCGGGGACAGUUUGCCGCCCUUCAGUUGUCUUUUAAAAUUGUUGAAGUUUUGAAUCUAACCAGCAGCAGAUGGAGCCAUUCCAGAAAUCUCGACAUCAACUGAAGGCUGGAGAGGAAACCAGAACUCUCGGUCUCCGAAGGCUCCUGUAGAAAAGCCAAUAAAGGCCGCCCUGUUUGUGCUUCUCGCC